GCCGGUGGCCGGGCCCGGCGCGCGCCUCCUCUUCCGCCGCCGUCCCCGCGAUCCUGGACCCAGAUCCAGAUCCAGAUCCAGAUCCAGCCCCAGCCCCGGCCCCGGCCCCAGCCCCAGCCCCAGCCCCGGCCUGGCAGCCCCGGCGUCGCUUCGGAGCGCGGUGGCAGCUGACUGCGCGUUCACGACCCGCUGGGAGCCGCGAGCCCCGCCGCCGUUAUGAACAUCCGCAAUGCAAGGCCAGAGGACCUGAUGAACAUGCAGCACUGCAACCUCCUGUGCCUGCCCGAGAACUACCAGAUGAAAUAUUAUUUCUACCAUGGCCUUUCCUGGCCCCAGCUCUCUUACAUCGCUGAGGAUGAGAAUGGGAAGAUUGUGGGGUAUGUCCUGGCCAAAAUGGAAGAGGACCCGGACGACGUGCCCCAUGGACACAUCACCUCGCUGGCUGUGAAGCGUUCCCACCGGCGCCUUGGCCUGGCUCAGAAGCUGAUGGACCAGGCCUCCCGAGCCAUGAUCGAGAACUUCAAUGCCAAAUACGUCUCUCUGCAUGUCAGGAAGAGGUGGAAGCCAGGGCCGAGGGAAGGGGGUAACCGGGCCGCUCUGCACCUCUAUUCCAACACCCUCAACUUUCAGAUCAGCGAAGUGGAGCCCAAAUACUAUGCAGAUGGAGAAGACGCAUACGCGAUGAAGCGGGAUCUCACCCAGAUGGCCGAUGAGCUGAGGCGGCACCUGGAGCUGAAGGAGAAGGCCAGGCACGUGGUGCUGGGCUCCAUCGAGAACAAGGUGGAGGGCAAGGGCAACUCGCUUCCGAGCUCGGGAGAGGCCAGUCGUGAGGAAAAGGGCCUGGCUGCGGAGGAUAGCGGUGGAGACAGCAAAGACCUCAGUGAGGUCAGCGAGACCACAGAGAGCACCGAUGUCAAGGACAGCUCAGAGGCCUCUGACUCAGCCUCCUAGAGCCUGCACAUGCUUCUCUCCCUGCCCUGGCCUGCCCAUCCCAUCCUCACCCCGAGAGGUUUCACAAUAAACUUCACCCAGUGGCCUUGGGGAGUUUACCUG